AUGUCGCAACCCGGAAGCUCUUCGGAGUACAAAAAUGCAAUUAAAUAUUUGAAGUAGGUUUUCAAGGCCAUCAUUUUGAUGCUAUCUAGUCGUAAAUGUUAAAAAUGAAGAAAGUUGUAAUCUAGGAAUGCGUUACCUGGCUUCUCCGAUAAUCUGAACGUCCCGGAGGAUCAACGCUUACAGUACCUGACCAUUACACUUGCGCAGCGAGUGGAUGAAAAACAGAAAACAAACAAAGUAGGCGGCUCAGCAUAGGUAACAUAAAAAAUUGUUUAUAGUACUGCGAUAUGCUUUCGCGAGAUUUAGAAUCGGCUCACAAUACCAUCGAUAACUUAAAGAAUGACAGACGUACAGCUGCAACGCAGAUCGACGCUCUCAGCCGGGAGCUGGAAAUGACCGCGGCUGCUGCGAACGGAUUGGAAGAAAUGAGAGCCCGGUUUGCAGAAUUAGCCAGGGAAUGUCAAGGUUUGAGGGAGGCAUGUAUGCGGUACAGAUACGAAAGAGACCAAUUGCGAAGGGCAGGACCAGAUCCCGAGAUUAUCAGGAGAAAGUAGGUCAUGGGUAAUAUAAUUUUAUAUGGGCUGCUUUCUUAAGGAUGGAAUUGGAAAAUAAGUUGAGAAGAAUGGAUGUUGAAUUACACAAUUGCGAAGUAUCUCGCGAGAAGUUGAACGAUUACGUUGCGUAAGUUGUUCUCCUCGAGUCAUUGAUGGAUAAUGUUUUUUAGAGAUUUGAAGAAUGAAAUUAAAAUGUUGAAGCAGAAGGAGGAGGAUUUACUGGACGAAACCAAGAAUAUUUCGAAGGAAAAUGUCCGAUUAGUCGGAUUUCGUCAAAGGUCUGAUCGAUGUGUAGACAAGUUGAGCAAGCAAAUUUUCAAAGUCAACAAUGAAGAGGUAGGCCGUAACUCAAGGGAUAUAAUGCUAACCAGUAUGAGGCUAUAAAUCUAUAGGUAAUAUUAAAUCGUUUCAGCAAGACAUCCUAGUUUGCUUCGAGACGUUCUACCAAAAUCUUUGCGAUUUCUGCGAGAGAAAUUUGCUUUUUGAUCUCCCGCGCAAGUUUGUUCCUCCUCCUCCGAGAGCAAUCCGAGAAGGACGUUCCAGAAAGAGAAAGGCGCCGGGACGAGUCGUUGAUGUGAAGCCAGAUCUCUUGGCUGCCUAUAAGGAGUUGGCCGACGCCAGAAGAAACAAAAUCAAACCGACAUUCGAGAUCGACGUCGUUUCCGCGGAGAUGAGAGCCGACGAAAUCAAGGCAAGAGGCAUGAUGAACUACGUGGAAUCGGGCCUCAGGAAAAAAAUGAGUACUCAAAGCCUUCCCAGAUUCAAGUAA